AAGUGGUAGAAAAUAAGAACAUACACCGGAAGUUUAUAAUCGUUAAGUAAACGCAUGGCUCCAAGUUGUUGGGUUCAUAAUUAUAACUGAGAAUGUCACUACAAACUUCUAGACCACCAAUGACUGUGGAUAAAGAGAAAAAGAAGAAGGAGAGUAUCCUUGACCUCUCUAAAUACUUGGAGAAACCGAUUCGGGUGAAAUUCAGUGGUGGACGAGAAGCGUCAGGAGUUCUGAAAGGUUUUGAUCCUCUGCUCAAUCUUGUACUUGACGGGACGACAGAAUUCCUCCGAGACCCAGAUGACCCGUUCAAACUGACAGAAGACACGCGUCACCUUGGUCUGGUGGUGUGUCGUGGUACGGCUGUCGUUCUCAUCUGUCCACAGGACGGGAUGGAGGCCAUCGCUAACCCCUUCGUGCAGCAGGAUAGCUGAGGACUGUGUCGCUUAAUUACAAUCAUACUUAGGGCUGUUCCAAAAUUUAUCACAUAGGGAGGGUUAGGGGAUGGUGUGAGAGAGGUAAUAUUUUGGUAUACCCACCGUAUAUAAAUUUAAAUUUAAAUUAAAUCCACCUGAUAUGCAGUCGGUCUAGGAUCGAUCCCCGUCGGUAGACCCAUUGGGUUACAUGUAUUUCUCGAUCCAGC